UUUUGAGAAAAAAGAUAAACCAAAGCAGCGAAGACGGAGGAGCGGAGCCUUUACGCACAGCCGUCUGGACACAGCCGAUGGAGUCUACGGGAGCAGUUUCCCCGAGGAUGCCCUUAUAGAGACGGUGUGAACCAAUAUCCAAAGCUGUUUCGCCUUUUUCCUCUUUAAGUCCAGGGACAUACGAUCCAACGAAACCAAAAAAAAAUACACAAAUACACACUCCAAGGAUGAGAUAAGCUAAAGCGAACCAACCCAAAGUCGAAUAUCACAAUACCUCUCUCUCUCGUACACAUCGCUACGAACCUUAGGACAAAAAAACGACCCGAAGAAAGGCCAAAGAACGAAGCGAAGGACCACGGGAUAAGACUUAAGUGCAAGUAGAAAUAAAAACCGACGGGCCCCCGGUCGACAGAGGACCAUGUUUGUCCCCCUGCCGGUCCCCUUCGUCUUUCAGAGAACAGCGUCCGACUUCAGCGCUUGGAGACUCAAGUCAUCGCUGGCUCCGCGGACCAGCCCCGAUAUCAGGAUGUCCAAAACAGAGGAGGAGAAGCCUGGGGCGGACUAUCCAGGAGACAGCUCAGACUCAGACAGAAACAGCCCGGACGACCAGGUCCAGCCCAUGAAAAUCAGCGUUUCUCCCACUGCAGCUGCUGGCAAGGUGCGGGCUGAUGAGAGCUCAGAGCCGCGUAGCACAGUGGCCCCAGCCCCUCCUCCCCCUCAGCCUCCACCACAGCAGCAGACCGCCCAGCACCACCACACCACACAGCUCAUGCUCGCUGGGAGUCAACUGGCCGGGCUGGCGGCUCUGCUUCCAGCUCAGCAGCAGCUCCUCCUGCAGCAGGCUCAAGCUCAGCUCCUUGCCGCCGCAGUCCAACAGUCCAACGCCGCACAUGCCGCUCAAGCCGCACACGCUCAGGCUCAGGCUGCACACGCCCAGGCACAGGCUCAGGCACAGGCUCAGGCCCAAGCCUCUCAGCAGCAGCAGAGCAUUAAACAAGAACCGCUCCAAGCUCCACCUCCUCCUCAGCUUGCCCUGUCUCAGCCAAUCCAGCUCACAGCACAGGACAUCCAGCAGUUGUUGCAGUUGCAGCAGUUGGUGUUGAUGCCUGGACACCCUCUUCAGUCCACGGCUCAGUUCCUCCUCUCUCAACCUCCACAGCCCCAGCAGACCCAACAGUCUUUGCUCUCCUCCCCAAACCUGAUCCAACUACCUCAGCAGAGCCCGGGAGCUUUGCUCACCACCCCUCCACGCCUCGGACUACCACCACAGAGGGAGAAAAGCAGUGACGUGGUUGUCCCCAGCGGCAGCAGCUCCAUGGUGGGCCCCAGUAGUAGCACCGUAGGGGUGGUCUCCUCCGGACCCUCUCCAGGCUCCACCUCCUCCAUGCCCCCCACCUCUCUGCCCUCCUCCUCCCUGCCCUCGGGCCUCGGCGCGGGGGCACACAUGAGUGAGGAGCCCAGUGACUUGGAGGAGCUGGAGCAGUUUGCCCGCACCUUCAAACAGCGACGCAUCAAACUGGGAUUCACACAGGGAGAUGUGGGUGUGGCUAUGGGCAAACUGUAUGGUAACGACUUCAGCCAGACCACCAUCUCUCGGUUUGAAGCCCUGAACCUGAGCUUUAAAAACAUGUGCAAACUCAAGCCUCUGCUGGAGAAGUGGCUCAGUGACGCAGAAACCAUGGCAGUGGACAGCAUGCUGCCCAGCCCCUCCUCCCUCUCCUCUCCUCUUUUGGGCAUGGAGGGUCUCCCAGGGCGACGUCGGAAAAAACGCACCAGCAUCGAGACCAAUGUCAGAGUCGUCCUGGAACGCAACUUCAGCACGAACCAGAAGCCUACCUCUGAGGAGAUCCUAAUGAUGGCUGAGCAGCUGAACAUGGAGAAGGAGGUGAUCCGCGUGUGGUUUUGUAACAGACGACAGAAAGAAAAACGCAUCAACCCCUCUACCAGCACCACUCCUCCUCUGCCCCAGAGCUCCCCCGGGCUGACGCACAAGGGCCCAGGCUACAGCCCACACAUGAUUUCCAGUCCGGGUUUGUCCCAGGUCGCCACCAGCCUCAGCACAACAGCCUCCAGCUCCUCGCCCUCUGCGUCUUGCCCCAUGACUCCUGCAGGCCCCGCCUCCUCUUCUGUGACUCCGCCUCCUCACAGCACAGCCAGCCCCACCGGCCUCAGCGCGCACAGGCUCAGCUCCGGGAACACUAUGAUGGGAGUAAGCACAGGGAUGAACCAGGCCCUCAUGGGCAGUAACCCCCUGGCCACCAUGCAAGCUCUGGCAGCCAGCGGGGGUCAGCUGCCCCUGUCCAGCCUGGAAGGGGGUCCCGGGCACAUGCUCCUGGGUGGUCCUGGUGGCACCCCAGUGUCAUCCUCCAUGCGCCCCUCCCUCUUCCUUAACCGCCCCUCUCUGUUGCCCAUGAUGCCCGGCUCUGGCUCCGCAAUGGGCAUGGUCAGUGCGGGUGCGAUGGGCAGUGGUUUGGGAGGAGGAGGAGGAGGAGGGGGUCCCCGGUCAUCAUACCCACAACCCUCCGCCUCUGUGUCCGGCCCAUCUGACCUCAUGAGCCCCACGUCCUGUCCCGAGGAGUCCCCCUGCUCCAGUCCGGGCUCCUUCUGCUCCUUCAGUGAAGCCUCCCCCCCACCGCUCGGAGGGACUAUGGCCGACUGACCCAAAGUAUCCCAUCGGAUCGGGACAUGGGAGGAGGAAGAGGAGGAAGAGGAGGAGUUCGACAAGCUUUAUUGAUUUAAAUGUACAA